AUGCAGGUGCGUACAAACCUUCCCUUGUAUGCUAAAAAGAGCAAUAACGUCUGCUUAUUACGGUUCCCGUGUCCACAAGUGUUGAGCGAAAUUUGUUGUGAAUGUUUCUCUAUGACCCUUUUAUUGUUGCGCGCGGGUGAUGUUGAGAGCAACCCUGGGCCCAAAACCACCCGCUCGGAAGCCUUUUUAGACAUUGAAUCUUUACCUACAGACCCCACUGAACAGAUGAAAGUUAUUUUUCACUUGCUAAAGGACGUACACACCCGUUCGCUGCAUAGUUCUAAAACACAAACGGAAUUGGCAACUGACGUUAAAGCUAUUAAAACCGGACAGAAAUCAAUUGAAACCAAAAUCACAGCGAUUCAAAACCGUUUAGAUGAGCUAGAGGAAAAUUAUAAAAGGUUAGAUGAACUCAGCCAGGAUAUUGCCACCAUUCACACUCAAAUAGACGAACUUUCUGCACUGGCCACCACUUUGCAAUCACGGCAGGAUGAUCUUGACGACCGGUCACGGCGUAACAAUUUAAUUUUCUAUGGCAUCCCAGAUUCCGAUGAAACCUGGCAGGCGACUGAGGAAAAACUGACUUCUAUCCUUAGUGCGUGCCUAACUGACCCCCUUUCCCCUCACGAAAUUGAACGCGCACACCGUUUAGGAAGAUUCGCACCUAACCAGUGUCGCCCUAUCAUUGCAAAAUUUUUGAACUUCAAAACUAAAGACCUAAUACUCGCCAAACGCAACAGCCUGAAGGAAUGUAAGGUCACCAUUAGUGAAGAUUACUCGGUCGCAACACGUCUAGCACGAAAAAAGUUGCUCGACUUAGCGAAAAUCCAACCUGGAUCCCCAACCCAUAAGUUGCGCCACAACAAGUUAAUUAUGAACAAGAAAUCUUACAUGUACGACCCUAUCACUGCCACUGUCAUUUCCACUGAUACGAAAAGCGCACACGCCAGCUCACCCUCUGCUACUAUCUCUGCUAAUACUUCCUAG